UUCCAGGGGUCUCGACUGCUGCAGAAGGCCCCCUCCAAAAAGCGUUUCUCCCCCCGGCUCCUUGGCCCAGGCUUCCUAGAAUCUUCCAGGUACCCCUACUCGGAGAUCAUUGUGCCCAAGGAGGUGGACUUGAGCGACGUUUCGGACAACGAGGUAGACGUGUCCUACGCACUGGCAGUGGAAGGAAGACACAGAGUGGUUCACCUGAAACAGAUGACUUUUAUGACUUCAGCGUUGCCUGUAUAUUCUUACAAUGGAAAGGGAGACCUGAUUGCAGAUUAUCCAUACAUUCAGGACAAUUGCUAUUACAGAGGCUACGUGGACGGCGUGGCAGACUCCCAGGUCAUCCUCUCCACCUGCAGUGGGCUUUGGGGACACCUGCAAAUGGAGACUUUAAGGUAUGAAAUUGAGCCAAUUGAGAGCUCUCGCACCUUUCAACACCUUAUUUAUAGAAAAGUGGCAGAGCAGAAGGAACCUUGCAGAGGAGUCGUUGAGGGUGAUGCUGAUUUUGCAAGCGGAAAAGUGAGAAUGGUGGCUAAUGAGAGCUUGAGUCCUUCUGCCAGGGAGGAGUCCACCUUUGGCUCUCAUGCCCCUGUCAGGUACCUAGAAUACUAUGCAGUGGUUGACCAAAGCAAGUGUGUUGCCCUGAAGCGCAAUGAAACCGCAUCAGUAAUACUGGUCACUCAGUUGAUGGCCAAUGUUCAUGCUAUGUACUUCGAAAUAGGACUUCAUGUUUAUUUGGUAGGCCUGGAGCUCUGGACAGAGAGAGACUAUAUACAAAUUCAUGCUAAGAAUCUGUACAAGACGCUGACUGAAUUUUACUAUUACGCCACCUAUGAGCUUCAGCAUCGUGUGUAUUUUGACCACGCUGGCCUGAUUACGAAUCAAGGAUCUCCUGAUGGACUUGCGUGGGGAGAACACAUUUGUGAUCACAAUCAUGCGUCGGUGUCUGCUAUGCGUUCGGAGGACGAUGUCGUGAAGGAUGCCUUAAACAUAGCUCAUCAGUUGGGCCACACCUUCGGCUUCAGGCAUGAUGACGCGCCGGACAGCAGAACCCAGCACUGCGACUGCGGUUGUGCCGAGAUGGGCAAAUGUGUCAUGGUAACACAGCUAAACACAGUAAAAUGUCUGCGGCUGAGCAAUUGCAGCAGGGAGAUCUAUUACAAUUUAAUAAGACAAGGGAAAGAAUGUUUGCUGAACGUACCCUCUAAAAUAGCCAAGCCGAAGAUGUGCGGAAACGGUGUUGUCGAUGAGAACGAAGAAUGUGACUGUGGCUUUGACGAGGAAAUAAAAGGUGAAAGAAUCCUCACCUUUUUCCUUCCUAAAAGACCCAAAGCUAAAACCCAGCAGUGGAUACGAUGGUCAGGGAGCCACUUCUCCUUUGCUAACUACCUGGAAUCCAAAGACUUGACGGAAUGCAGAAGAAAUAGCUGUUGCCAAAAGGACUGUACAUUGAAGAUGGGCACAAAUUGUGUUUAUGGCCUUUGCUGUGAGAAAUGUAAGUUUUCCGGAAGGGGAGCGCUGUGUCGAGGGUCUGCUUCGGAGUGUGACCUUCCCGAGUUCUGCAACGGGAGCUCUGCCGACUGUCCUGCCGAUGUGCACAAGCAAGACGGGACGCUGUGCGGCACCUCUGGCUCUUGUUAUCGGGGGAAAUGCCACGAUCUACAGCAACACUGCACAGACCUCUUCGGCCAAGGUGCAGAAGUUGCCCCACUGAAAUGUUUCAGGGAAGUGAACAUGCUGGGUGACCGGUCUGGCAACUGUGUGAUGGACAGGCGUCGCUUCAAGAAGUGCCAGGAGAAAGACAUCCUUUGUGGAAGGCUCCAGUGCGUGCACGUGAAGAAAAUCCCCAUAACUGGAGCCGGACAAGGUAUCAUUCAGACGCCAGUAGAAGAUACCACGUGCUGGGGGACAGAGUUUCACUUUGGAGAGGACGCCUAUGAUCUUGGAGCAGUGAGAGAUGGAACAUCUUGUGGGGCUGACAAGGUCUGCUUAAACAGAUCAUGUGUUGACCGAGUGGUUUUGAAUUCUGAUUGUGAUUUAGCCAGAUGUAACAACCGAGGGGUGUGCAACAGCAACAGAAACUGCCACUGCAGCUCUGGAUGGGCCCCUCCCUUCUGUAGGAGCAUUGGAUCUGGAGGAAGCGUUGAUAGUGGGCCCCCAUCGCAUUUUAGAUGGGCUUUAGUUCUCCUCCUUGCAAGAUCCUUCCUGCUUAUUCUGAUCCUCCUUGUAAUGUUCAUUUUCGCCAUCUCUAAGAGAAAACAGCUGGCAGUUUGGUUCACCAAGUUCCAGAACAAAAUCCGACGAGGAACUGCAGAUACGGGGUCCGUCCGGAAAGAGCCCUUGGAAAGGGUCCCAGCUGGGCAGCCUGCACCCUUGAAGGACCACCUCAUGGUGAAGAAGGAGCCGUCCCUAAGCGGCCCAGGGCUAUGAAGGUGCCGCUCUCCAAGCAGGGCCCCCCAGAAGAGCCCCCCAAGUGCGGUGGCAACGGAAGGAGAGCCGGACCACAAAAGGCCUACCAUCCAAAGCAGGCGGUCCUCCUGGAGACACAGAAGGAUAUUUUGAUACCUGAACCAUCGCCCAAAGCGAUUCCGGGACAAAGGCCUGUGUCCCGCCCCUUGGGUCUUCUUCCCUGUUGCCGAAUUUUUUCCAUUUCUUGCCUUGGUUUCUCCCGACGUCAAAUGAAGCACAGUUCCUCCCUGGGGAAGCAUGCCAGACGUGCGCCAUCUCUGUUCUAUAGUCCCGAAAGUUGGCCCAGGACUGUCCCCGUGGCUCCAGGAAAAAAAAAGGAUCCCACGCCGUCUUGAACUGGCGAGGAUCUGCAGCACGGGCAAAUGGAUCGGCCUCCUCUCGCCUCGACUCUCCGCGCUUUGCAGGCAGCGUGCAGAUUUAAAGAUGCAGCUGGAAAGACGGAAAUGACACAUUCUAAUUCAUUAAAUAUU